GCAAAGGCCGCCAGCUCCUUUCUUAAGAAGAACUGCUGCUCCCAUCUCGUGCUGCGAAAACAUUUGGGCUCGACCGGCUGAAUCAGAUGCACGGCAUACACCAGACAUUUCCUUUCUAAUCGAGCAUACGAACAAACGAACAAGCGAACGGAUCCGUAAACAACUGCAACAAUGAGGCAAUCCAUGGUGUCGCGUGCCAAAAAUGGCGGAUUCUCAAAACUCCUGGUGGCUUCAUACAUUGUCGACUGGGUCAUAAUUAUUGUCGCUGCUGGUGUGGGAGCUUUACUGGCAAAUAUCACACCAAAUAUGAGACCCUUUUCGCUCACAAACCCCGAAAUCAGUUUCCCGCACGUAGAACAUGAGAAAGUCUCCUUGGUUACACUGGGCUGCUCCGCUCUCGCUGGUCCAGCCGUAAUCAUCUUCCUCGUCUGCCUCGUCCUUGUGCCGGGCCCUACGGUUUCGAAAGCAAUACCAAAAUCACUGAUAUGGAAACGCAAACUUUGGGAAUGGCACACUGGAUGGUUGGGAUUGGCGCUUUCUCUGUCGGCAUCUUUCCUGAUUACUAGUGGAAUGAAGAACCUGUUCGGAAAGCCUCGUCCAGAUCUUCUCUCACGUUGUGAGCCAGACAUGGCCAACCUUGCGAAUUAUACCUAUUCGAAGUUUCUUGCAGGAAGUAUUUACGAGAACUUCAAUGUAGUGUCUGCGAAAAUCUGCCAGCAGUCAGACAAGGCGAAAUUGGACGAUGGGUUUCGAAGUUUUCCCAGUGGCCAUGCUUCCUUUUCUUCUGGGGGUCUCAUCUACCUCAGUCUCUUCCUGGCCUCGAAAUUAGCUAUAACUAUUCCCUUCCUCGCAUCUGGCUCCAGCGCUACGCAAUUGUCUGCCUUUCCUUCUCGUGCUUCAACUGCGAGAGCUAUGGAGAACCGCAGUGUAGAGAGUCGAGACAAGUCCAUGGGCGGGGAUGAUCUACAUGAGCCAUCAGGACAUGAUGACGCUGUUAUUGCGGCCCGCAACCAAGCAGCAGGACCUCCCGUGUACCUGUUGGUCAUUGCUGUUUUGCCCUUCUUUGGUUCUAUCUACAUUGCGUCGACAAGAUAUUCAGAUUUUAGACAUCACGGUUUUGACAUUCUGUUUGGCUACUUCAUUGGCUUCGUCACAUCCGUAUUUGCGUUCCGCUACUAUCAUCUUCCGAUCAACCAAGGCGCUGGAUGGAGUUGGGGCCCAAGAAGUCGAGAUAGGAGUUUCUGGGCCGGCGUUGGUGUUGGAAACUACGUCGGAAGCCGGGAGAAGCGUCACGAGGAAAUUUUGCAGAGGAACGACACAGAUCUGGAAGCUGGAAGAGCGGUCCAUCAGAGAAACCUUACGAACGAAGUGGGUACUGGCGAGACUACCGCCUACGGAGUGGCGAGAUGACCAAGCUGGUGUUAAUACUACCAAUAGGACCGGAUUGAACUUCUCCCCAUGCGCGAGAGGUCUGAUGGAUCGAGGCGACCCUCACAUUAAGGAGUUUUUGGCGUUACACCGGAGGAUAUACCAACUUGAACGGUUUAGAGGUCCAAUCUGGAAAACGUGCAUGAUGAUCAAUUGCAUUUGGCCUGGGGGCCUGGACGGAAAAUACAUGGUACUUAAUAUCGAGUAGUACUUCUGGCAGUAUGGUAGAGCAUGUUUCUGUGGAAAGAAUUGCAUAAUUUUGACGAUAUAUCCUUGUAACAUGAGAGAGAAUGUAUGAAAUUGCUGGUAACACAAACAACGUUCGUGAACAGUUUCGCGGAAGUCUACUCUGCAUUGGCACGUCCUUUCAACCAUGCCUGUUUUCCUCGUCUGAACAUCAUUUUUUAUGUCUUUUUGUUCUGGCGUCACUUCGUGGACGAGAUGUUCACCAAUAUUUCAGUCUUGUGUAACGCAUUCGCUCAAUCGAGCGGCGACAUCUUUUCCCACGAACACAUCAGGAUUACAAAAAUUCGAUCACAGCAUUCCAAGUUACAACCGCUUUUCAAUAUCUUUGAUCAGUGCACUUCAUUUGGAAGAAAGUACCUAUAUCAGAGCCAGCAUUCCCCAACAUCCGGUAAAAUCGUGUACCCUUAUUCCUGCCCUCGACGCCUCGCGUAAAACACAAGCAGCCACCAACGUGGAUGGACAGAGAUAUUUCCAAUACUGCUCAACCACGCAAGAUGCCAUCCAAUCAACUUCUACAAAUGUUACCAAGUUACCUACAUCCAACCCAAUCAGCAUGUUGUGUUCAGAUGAUGAGUUCCACAAGUGUAUGCUGCACUGAUGAGUGAUCUCCUUUGCUGGUGGAGAUUAGGAAGUUGGGAGGGCGUCAUCACUAGCUUCCUACGACCGUUGGAUGUCUCUUCGCAAAUCAGUCACUACAGUCAUAUAUAAACAAACUCCAUCAUGCGCAGCUCCAUCCUCACGGCGAGCUCGAGUGGGCAGGCAACGAGUGUUAGUACUACGACGGGGAGAACUGGGUCGUCAAGUGCAAAGGCUUCGAGCACGAUUUCUGCUGGAGCUGCGCAGACCAAUGCUUUCGUUGCUAUUAUUGUGGGUGCUGUUGGGUUCUUGGGGAUGGCUCUUGUUUUGCAGAGAGGACUUUAAUGUCAUUGCAAGGAAACUCAUGUUUUGUUAAGUUGGAAUAGUAACAGGGAUCUACUGAUAAUAAUCGAUUUUCCCGGGGGGAUCAAAAGUAAUGCUAGUUUUGAGAUUACAAUUACAUGGCCAAUUACGUUUGUAAAUAAACAAUGAACCGC